AUGUCACCAACUCGUAGCACUGGCACGCGUCGAAACCCUGAAUGCUGCUGGACGUGUACACUCCGUCGAAAGAAGUGCGAUGGAAAAAAGCCAACGUGCGAUGCGUGCGAUUCACGUAGUAUUACUUGCCAUGGCUUUGGUGACCGACCCGAAUGGAUGAACAAUACAGACACUCGGCAAGCUGAAUUGAAGAAGAUCAAAGAUGCUGUCAGGCAGAACAACAAACGCAAGAGAGCAACGUCACGGGCACGGUCAGAAGAACGCAGCGGAAGGCAAGCACGACUGUCGGAUGUGGACAAUGCAUCGACCGAAGAUCAUAUUGCACAGUACGACUGGGCUGAUGCCCCGCCUGAGAUCUCAGAACCACCCUUUGAGCUUUCAGAAGAGAAUAUGCAACCCCAAAGCCUCGAGCAAGCUUCGAGCCGCCCAUCCUCAAUAGCGCCGAGUCCAAGCGCGACUACUUACUUUCGCUUCGGAUUCCAUCGAGAAGCAGAGUUGUUGAUGCACUACUUGGAUCAUGUCUUUGCACUUCAGUUCCGAUUCUAUUCUCCAUCUAUACAAAGUGGUGGCAGAGGUUGGCUGUUGUGGCUGCUAACAGAGACGAAACCACUAUAUCACGCGGCCCUCAGUCUAGGAGCAUUGCACCAGCACUCGCUACUUGCUCGUUCGGCCCGAGGAAAUCACUACCAUGAUACUUUGAAUGAACUUAAUGAGCAUCACAAUCGUGCUCUGCAAGAGCUUCAGAUAUUCUUGCAGAGCAGCUAUGAAGUCUCUGCUGCAGGUCGAAAGAGAAGGCUGCAGAUUCUUGCUUGUGGUGUACAGUUCAUCAGCUUUGAACUCUUUCGUGGCGGGACAAGUCAAUGGCAGGUUCAUCUUGAUGCGUUGGCUACGGUGGUUCGCGGUAUGCCGUUCAUGAAUUCCACAGAUACUGGCCCGUCUCCUGGAAAUCUCACACCAGUCACCCCAAGCGAGCUCGAGCCCCAUCGUCUGGAAGAUAAUGCUGAACACUUUCUUGUGGGAGCUGUGCUAUGGUUCGACAUAUUGUCUUGUGCCUCUACAAGCGAUGCUCCCCGUCUUCACUCAGAAGCUGUUGGUCUGUUGCAAGGACAAAUCGACCUAGCAAAUAUCAUACCCUGCCAACCAUGGGUCGCCUUGGCCAUGAAUGAUAUUGCGGCGCUCAGUGCUUGGAAAAUAGAUGCAGUCUCAGCCUGCAGUCUGAGCUUUUGGAAGCUGUUUGAGAAAGCUGAUCCCAUUCGGAAACGAUUAGGUGACGGGAUCGCUGGCCUACGCACAGAGAUCGAUGAUUCACUUGCCGCGCUAGGCAUUUCCCAUUUCGGGAUGGGUGCUUAUCUACGAGCAAUAACCCUAGUAUUUGCGUACGCCGCUCAAGUCUAUCUCAACACUAUCAUCUCAGGAGCCGACCCGAAGCUCGAUGACGUUCGAAAUAGUGUCAUCGACACAAUGAAUGCUCUGCAAGAAUUGCAACUUAUCUGCGAUGCCCAAGCUUUAAGGAAUCUUAUCUGGCCAAUCUGCAUUGCAGGUAGUAUGGCUGAGGACGUGCCGACUCAAACAUAUUUUCGGAGCCUGAUUGAAGACUUAGGCGAAGAGGCACACGCUUUCGGCAACACUACGACAACUCUACAGAUCAUGCAGAAGUGCUGGACCUCGCGCGACAAAAACAGAUCGGGGUCAUGGGACUGGACUACCGCUAUGCAGGCUUUGGGUCAACGUGUGCUUCUCGUUUGA